CUCCUCCUCUUCCUCCGUCUCUUCUUCCUUCUCGUCCUGACUACAUUCCCUGGAUCAGUAUGAGGUGAGCAGACAACCGCAGUGCGCAGCAUUCAUCGCUCUCUCUCCUUCCUUACAGACUGUGAGGAAGAUAUGGGGUUUGCAUCAGCUGUGUUUGUGUUGGUGGUGACGGUGGCAGCGAUGGUGGUGGGCUUACCAGUGGACACAUUCCAGCCGGUGUCCUACUCAGGAUGGAAGGUUUUGGAGGUGCGUCUGGGGGAGGCGGCUGAGACGGCAGCGUCAGAAACCCCAACAGUGAAUCUGGAUGAGUUCGACGAUACAACAUCAGUAAACAUCCUCAGCCAGAACAGACGAACAGGUGUGGCCGAGGUUGCCGUAUCGCCAGCCGCCCUGAACGAUGUCACAGCACACCUGACCCAACACAAAGUUCCCUUCAGCACCAAGCUUGAAGAUCUCGGCAGAAAGAUACAGGCCGUGGAACCCAUCCUGCGCGCUGAGGCUGAGCUGCGCGGCGCCGUUACGUUCAAUCGCUACAUGACUUACGAUGAGAUCGAAGCCUACGUUGUGAAAUUACCGCAGCAGCAUCCGACGAAGGUGAAGGUGGAGAUGGCAGGGAAGAGCGUGGAAGGGCGCACCAUACACCUGAUCACAGUGACUGACGACGUGGCCAACAAGGACAUCCUGAGGAAACCUUCUAUCUUUAUUGAUGGAGGAAUGCACGCCAGGGAGUGGGUAAGUCCCUCCACAGCCCUCGGCAUAGUGGAUAACCUUCUCAAGACUCCAGAUAUGACGAGGAACAUUGAGUGGAGAAUCAUUCCUGUGGUGAACCCCGACGGAUAUGUGAUGUCCUGGGAUAAGGAUCGCCUCUGGAGGAAGAACAAGGCGAAAGGAAGAUCCAUACGUUGUUCAGGUGUUGAUUUGAACAGAAAUUUUGGCUACGAGUGGGGAGGCACAGGUUCGAGUUCCAGUCAGUGCUCUGUCGUGUACCGAGGACCUAAUGCCUUCAGUGAACCCGAGACACAAGCUGUGAGAGACGCAGUGCUAAGGGAGGCGGACAGGACGAAGGCAUACAUCACCUUCCACUCCUACGGUCAGAUGAUCCUGCAUCCGUGGGGAUAUACUUCAAAAGCAACUCCGGCCAACAACAUGGAGCUGAAACGAGUCGGGAACGCCAUGGCGACAGCAAUUCAGAAGCAGCAGAGAAAGAGAUACGAUGUCGGGAGCGCCGCCGAAGUCCUGUACGCCGCCGCGGGAGGCUCGGACGACUGGGCUGCGGGCGUGGCCAAAAUCCCCCUCUCGUACACCAUUGAGCUAAGGGACACAGGCUCCGGGGGAUUCCUUCUGCCCACGUCUCAGAUCACGCCCACGAUUACUGACGCAUGGGUGGCAAUGAACACCCUGGCGAAGGAGGUGAUGAAGGUUGCGGUACUUCGAGAACAGCACCCGGAUUUCCCCAGCAGGAAGGUUUUGAGGAUACCGAGGCCACACAGGAGGGAGAUUUCCAGCCUCCCUCACGAGUGAACCAAGAACCUGAGGGUGAAAAUACCGAAGUUCAGAGCGAGGGAGUCGAACCUGCGGAUGAGAACCAGGGAAGCCAAUUACCAGUGAACAGAAACCAGGAAACAGCGAAUGAGAACCAAGAGAGCCAGGGACCAGUGAACAGAAACCCAGAACCUGCGAAUGAGAACCAAGAGAACCAAGGACCAGUGAACAGAAACCCGGAACCUGCGAGUGAGAACCAAGAGAGCCAGGGACCAGUGAACAGAAGCCCAGAACCUGCGAAUGAGAACCAAGAGAGCCAGGGACCAGUGAACAGAAACCCAGAACCUGCGAGUGAGAACCAAGAGAACCAAGGACCAGUGAACAGAAACCCAGAACCUGCGAAUGAGAACCAAGAGAACCAGGGACCAGUGAACAGAAACCCAGAACCUGCGAAUGAGAACCAAGAGAACCAAGGACCAGUGAACAGAAACCAGGAACCUGCGAAUGAGAACCAAGAGAGCCAGGGACCAGUGAACAGAAGCCCAGAACCUGCGAAUGAGAACCAAGAGAACCAGGGACCAGUGAACAGAAACCCAGAACCUGCGAAUGAGAACCAAGAGAACCAAGGACCAGUGAACAGAAACCCAGAACCUGUAAAUGAGAACCAAGAGAACCAAGGACCAGUGAACAGAAACCAGGAAUCUGCGAGUGAGAACCAAGAGAGCCAGGGACCAGUGAAAAGAAACCCGGAACAAGGAAGUGACCCCCAAGUACUAAGAGAAACACAGGCAUCAGCAGAAACGAUUGAAACGGAGACGGAGGAAGCACAAGAUGAAAACUCUUCGUUGGAAACUUCAGGAACUUUAGAAUCCUUGAAUGAAGCACCACGAAGCCCCGAGACCCAAAGUAGCUUCCGACACGCCCCUGAAAGAUGUGUUCACGUGAUAACCUUCCAUGACGACUUAUCAGAGAGCAGUGAAGAGGAGGAAAAUGGGAGUGAUGAGUGAGAGGAUGGAUAAAAAUGGAAGAAGAUUAGUUUAUUGAAGAUAGGAACUAGAAAAUGGUUUGUCUAGUUUGCUUUCUCUAUAUAUUUAUCGGAUUUGCUUCGUUUCUUCUUUCUGUUCCUGCUCCUGCUUCUCCUCCUAUUGUUCCUACUCCUCCUCUUCCUUUUGUCUUAUCGUACUCAUCUUUGCGAGGAGAUAAACACAUUCUUAUCUUAUUCUCUUUAUCUUUAUGUCUUUUGCUUCGUCAUGGUGAAAAAUAAUGGAAGAUUACUAAUGUUUACGAUGAUGAUGAUAAUGAUGAUGAUGAUGAUAAUGAUGAUGAUGAUGAUGAUGAUGGAUAUAACAGCGAUGUAAUUUUUGUUGUUUGAAUUGUGGUUGUUUCUUUGUUUAUUUAUUAUUGAUACUGUUACUGUUAUUAUUGUUGUUACUGUUGUUAUUUAUAUCACUUCUAGCAUCACUACUACUACUACGACUACUACUACUACUACUACUACUACUACUACUACUACUACUACUACUACUACUACUACUACUGCUGCUGUGAUUGUUGCCAGUUUUGUUAAUGUUGUUAUUGUUAUUUUCUGUAAUUGUUGUUUAGUGUUAUCUCAAUUAAUAUCACCAAUCAGAAAGCACUGAAA